UCCUGUCAUCCUACACAGCUAGGAAUGCCGUCCUGUGGACUCGCGACCACAUAGGCUCAAAGGUAGGGAUAUCGGAUGGCUUCGGGAUCCGCUAAACUCAGCCGCAUAUUCUCACUCAGCCAUAUCGAGCCUGACGAAUCGGGAAUGGCCGCCGAGGUCCCGCCACCACUGCAUCGACACCACACGGCCGCCGAAGUCGCCCGAGCCGUCCCUCUUGGCGACCGCCCCUUGCAGCACCUCUGGAUGGGACGAGUCAGUCUCCAACCACACCUGCAGCAAAAAGGUAAACAGAGAGUGACAGCAGGCAGGUGCUGGGCUGCAGAGGGCCUUAUCACCUGCCGCAUGCCGCCCUGGCCGUGUGGCUUGAGAAAGGCGGCCAUUCUGCUUGCCAGUGAUCGGAUGAAAAACAUGCCAUCGGCGCCGCCGUCAAGGGCGCCGCUGUCCUCAUAAUCCCUGACCACAUAAACAGUGACGCACAGCCAUCCACAGUAUCUGUUUGAUGGCCUUUUGCUGUGUGGGCUGACCUGACUUCUGGCUGGAGUGUCGGGAUCUCAGCCGUCGGGAUAUAGGGAGGAUUGCUGCACACACCCCCAAUCAAAUGCGCUAUGGAUCGCCAACAAUGCCCUUUUUCUCCUCACCUGACGAUCAGAUCAUAGCGCUCGUCGUCUGGCGGCUCGAAUGUCAGCAUGUCGGCCUGCAGGCACUUGUAGCGAUCGGCCAGGGACAAAGUGGCCGCAUUCGCCGAAGCAAGCCGAACUGCAUGUGGGCUCAGAUCAAUCGCUGUGCACCUGAAACGAUGCACGAAUGACACACAGGGGAACAAUUAGACGGCCAUCACCUCUCUCUCUCUCUCUCUCUCGUUCACACACCUCGCUGUCGGCAAUUGUUUGAGCAGCGCCAGGCCAAUGGCGCCCGUGCCGGCCCCUACAUCCAGCAAGUGAAGGGCCCUCUCGCCCCUCACCGACCGCCGCACCUCUUCCAGAAUUAGCUCAACCAACUCCUCCGUCUCGGGCCUGCACACACAGAAAGAUCAGCGUCCAUCAUAGCCUCUCUCUGCCUGUGUGUGCUUCAUGUGUACCGUGGGAUGAGCACCGGCGGUUCACACUUGACGGAGAUAUGGUGGAAGUCCCACCGCCCCACCACAUACUGCACAGGCAUCCGCCGCAGCCGCUUGGCGCAUAGCGAAUCGAACAGCCGCCGCUGCUCCUCAGUUAGGGCCGUCCGCACCAACCUCUUGGGCAGAUUGAGUGUGUCGGAUGACAGCACGUGGGCCAUCAGACACCUGGCCGACACGUCGGGCUCCGAUAUGCCGGCAGAAGCGAACCUCUCUGAUGCUGCCGUCAUGAGUGCAUCAACUGAAACACCAUUCUUGUGGUCAAAGGCGGACAGCGGUGGGUGUUGUGAGCGAUGGCGUCGUCCUGCGAGGAUGAAGCGCCUCUGCAUCUUCCGGCUGGCGGCACCGAUUUCAUGAUAGAUGAAGAGAGCACCGAUGAUGGAUGGGCACUGCCAGGGAAAAUGCGCGAGGCUGAAGUGGAGUGUCAUCAAGGCUGCCGAGGGGUAGAUCCUUGGCCUUCGUGCGACGAG